AUUUUUUUUUUUUGCGGGAAAUGAUCUAGGUAAUGAAAACGCUCACCAUCAGAGCAAUUAUUUGUGCAAAUAAAUUUACAUUUAAUGCUAAAUUUUCAAACAUUACGUAGAGGAUUUUCUAGCAUGAGUGGCCAGAAGAAUAUAUUGAGCUUUUUCUCGCCGCAGCAAAAGCGAUCUUCAGAUAAGAUUGAGUGUACAGACAAAGAAUCCAAGAAGCCAAAGCUAGAUGAUACACAAUGUUCUCCACCAAAGACUGGGAAAGAAAAUUUGAGUUCAUCAUUGAGCCCAGAACAGAAGAAAAGGAUGGAGGAAAACCGACAGAAAGCCCUCGCCAAACUAUCUACUAAACAGCCCGAGUCUAAUGGAUUGUUGGUUAACGUUGGGGCUUCAUGGAGAACAGCCUUACAAGAGGAAUUCUCUAAACCAUAUUUUGAAAAGUUGAGUAAGUUUGUUGGAUCAGAGAGGAACAAAGGCACAGUUUACCCACCAGCUGGAGAUGUGUUUAGCUGGACAAGGGCAUGUACUGUGGAUGAUGUGAAGGUUGUGAUUCUAGGACAGGACCCCUAUCAUGGACCAAACCAGGCACAUGGAAUGGCAUUCAGUGUCCUGCCAGGUGUCCCUCCUCCUCCAAGUUUGUUGAACAUAUAUAAGGAACUGGAGACGGACAUUGAGGGAUUUAAAAGACCAGGGCAUGGUUAUAUUAUGGGAUGGGCUGAACAAGGUGUAUUGAUGUUGAAUGCAGUACUUACAGUAAGGGCGAGGCAAGCUAACUCUCAUAAAGACCAAGGAUGGGAGAGACUGACUGAUGCUACUAUUUCAUAUCUGAAUAAAAAUAGGAAAGGAAUUGUUUUCAUGCUCUGGGGUUCAUAUGCGCAAAAGAAGGGAGCACAAAUUGACAAGAGUAAACAUCAUGUGUUAAAAGGGGUACAUCCAUCACCACUGUCAGCUCAUAGAGGAUUUAUGGGAUGCAAACAUUUCUCACAGUGUAAUGACUUUCUAAAAGAAGAUGGAAAUACUUCAAUAGACUGGGCACAUCUUCCCGUAGACUCUUGAGUAAUAAAACCAGUCUGUUAAAGUGUAAUCUGUUGUUAAGAUUGUUUGUUUUGCUUGCCUGUGUUGACAGCAAAAUGCAAGUAGAAAAAUUGCUGAUAUUGUAUGUGCUAUAUUUGUUGGACUGAAUGACUUUAUUUUGAUCUGUCUGAAUAAAUUGUCCUCACUUUGGUUUGACUAAAUAUCACUAUUUAGGGUUAAUUGUGUAUCUAAUUCAAAGUUUUACCAGGUUUUGAUUUAAAAGCAUUAUUUUUGUUAAUCUUGAUACAGAAUUUAUUAGCUAAUGCAACUGCAAUAAUAUGUUCAAUUUUCAUUUAUUUUUCGUUUAUCUUGAGUGAGUUUAACAUGAAUUGACUUUUUAAUGCAGCUUUUUAAUUUCAUUGAAUUAUAUUUUUGAUUGCAACCAAAAAAAAUUUACGUCAAAGAUUGAAUUGUUAGCUGGAUAUAAAAUUAAUGCUUAAAUUGAAUUUAUC